UUGAUCAUUUCCUAGCAGUUACAAUCUCUGUAUAACCAUAAGAAAUGUGGCGAUCUCCAAGGGUGAUACAGCUUAUGGGAUUUGACUUGUCUGAUUUAGGUCCUUGGUUUCGUAUGUCCAACAUUUCCUACCCAGAAAUAUCAGAUUCUCAACAAGCAGUUGAAGAACUUCGUAUGGCAGAGUAUUUCCGUUCUUUGGAAUUCACAAAAGAGCCAUCUAAAACUAGUAUAAGGGAGGUUCUAGAUUUGCUUUCCGUCUCUGAGCUACGUGAAAUUUCAACUCUGGUGCUUUCAAAGUCGGGCUCCUGGAGAACGAUGAAGUUCCUUGUGAUCUUGUUUCAAUUGGUACUUCCGACCCACAAGGCAUCUGUUAUGUUGAGCUUGCUUGGGAACACCAAUCUGUCGGGACCUAUUGCAGAUCUCAACCCAUUAAGGAGGCUGGAUAGAUUGCAUUUUCAGGAAUUAGAAUUAUUCUUAAACCAACACUUACUUAAGGAUUACCUUCUCAUGUGUACAAGAACCGCCCCUCCAAUAUCUCUCUCAUUCCAUGAGGAAAUCUCUAGACAGACAUUCUCUUCAAAACCUCGUAGAAAGCAAUGAAAAUAUACUUCAAGUUCUUAACACAUGGUAGAAAUUUCGACAAUUGUUGUACAUUUGAAGACAAUGGGCAGAUUGUUAAAGCAGACAAUCAGAGGGAAACCACAUCUGAAAAGAUGGUAAGAUCUUACUGGUGUACAUGCAUUCAUGUAGACACAAGUUCUUAACACAUGGCAAAAAUUUUGACAAUUGUUGUACUUAGUAUUCAAAACUGAAUUUUUGUGACAGGGUUUUGAAACCAUUCGGAUCGUUUUAGAUGCCACCUUGAAAUGUAAAUUAAUCACAUGUAUGACGAGCGCAGGCUGCUUGUGGCCUAAUCAUGUGAGAACUUGCAGAAUUCGUGCACCCCAAGAUACAUGACUAUCUCAUUUUAUCCAUUGUGGCCCAAUCAUGUGGAGAACUUUCUUGAACUAUAUGCAGGGUAAUGCUUCAAUCGUAAACAAGCUUGUUAAAAAUAUAAGAGUUUAAUCAUUAAAGAGGGAGUGGGAGAGUCAUUUGUGUGCGCCCAACCCAUUCUUAGUGUGACAGCAGAAUUCUGUACAAUCGUCCAGCUUUCAUUUAUAAUGGUGCUACUCAUGGAAAAGGACUGACUUCACCAAAUUAACUCAAUUGAGUUUUGUUAGAAUAUUUCUUAAUAGUUAAUCUAAUCUAUUACUGGAUUACUAUUUCAAUUUUAAUAUGUUGCUGGUGAUCAAACUAGAAGAACACGAAAUUUCAAAAAGAG